CUGCUGCUGUUUCUGUAUUGACAGCCACGACCGUAGCUCAGCUCCUAGCUGUUUACUCCCAUAGCCAGGCAACGGGAAACACGCAGUGCGCAGGCGCGGCCCUGUCUCCGUGGUAACGGGUAACAAGCGGCGGUAUCUCGGUGUGUGAGGCGAGAGCACUGCUCGGUGUGUGACCCCGGUACUGUCUCGUCGUGUGCUCCCCGGACUGUGGUGACAUCCCUGUAAAGCAGCUGCUCCAAUGGGCGUGGCACUGACGAGAGCGGCUCAGUGGACAAGCGCUGGUUAUGGAACUGGCAAGCUGGAAAUCACACCUCUGAAUGAAGCUCUGCUAAACGACAUCAUAAAGUAUGUGGAGACUUUCAGCUCCCGGCAUCCAGAAGAGGCAGAGUUUGUCUUCAGAGAACCUCUGGAAUGGAAAACCAAUUUGGAGCCAUCGGCAUUUGGGUCUGGUUAUGAUAUUAGUGACACCAUGGUGAAGUCUGAGGAUAAAGAUGAAGAUGACAACCCACUGCUCCUCCUGGCUUCUUCUACAGUGAAGGUCAGGAGCUUUAAACACUUAUCACACUUUCUACAGCUCGCCCGUGAUAAAAAGUUAAAAGAAACCCAGGCUUGCUUGGAAGCAAACAGAGACCCAGUUGCAAGAAUCCUCGGCGCUGGCUUUGCCAUUGUGGAGGGGGAAGACAUGUCUAUGCUGCGUCUGGUGGAUAAAAUGCAUCAGAAUGAGGAUGAAAAGGCAGUAAUCAAGAUGAAGAUUUUUCUACUGCUCCAGCAACUUGAUAUGCAGCUGAUGAACAGCUCUUUAAAACACAUUUCACAAGAAGUACGUGUUACUCCCGCCGCAGUUAAGAAUGAGAUUGAUCUGAUUAGACGUUUCUGCAAAAAUGAAGAAAAAUCUGUGUUAAAGUCAAUAGAAUACACCUCAGAUUAUGAAUUCUCAAAUGGCUGUCGCACUCCGCCGUGGAGACAACUUCAUGGGGAAAUCUGCUAUUUGAUGGUUACACCACAUGACACCAGUCCUUUCUGUGUGACAUGUAGCACCACAGGUCCUUUCAUAAACCAGGGUAAAAUGAAGGAUAAUGAGGACAUUAACUAUGACAGGCAAAGUGAAAUUUAUAAAGACCUCAUAACUCUGUUGAAGGAAAAAUCACCACAUUUUGCUGAAAACAUCACUAAGCAGGACUUUCUGCGUUCUGAAGACCCACCAGUGGCUCAUACUAUGCAACACUUGGAUUUAGUUGAGGUGGAGGAAUCAAGCCAAAACCUUUGGUCUAAUGAGUAUCCAGAAAAGAAAGCACUGGAGAAGACAAGGCAUCCCCUUGUAAAAAGCCAGACUAACAAAGCCAAAUUAGAGCCAUCUCUGAAAUGGAAGAACCUUAAUGGUCACCAAGAAACCGUAAUUAAAACCAAAAAUAUUAUGGAAGAAAAGUCUGCAGUGAAAAUAGAGUUAUUCAGAGAUCAGAAAACAGUUAAACCAACGAGCGCAGAGAGUAAGAAAAGGUUCAAUAAUCUCUCUUCAGCACUAAGACGACAGUCUGCAUUAAAAAGUAAAACUCCUGGAACAAAAUCCGAAGAAUUUAGUGAAAGUUCUAGUGAGAGUGAAGAAGAGGAGGAGCAACCAGAACGACGCCAGGAGGGCAAUGCUGACCUGCCCACAGAGUAUUGGCAAAUCCAGAAACUGGUCAAGUAUUUAAAGGGAGGAAACCAAACAGCUACUGUUAUUGCUCUGUGUUCAAUGAGAGAUUUUAAUCUUACCCAAGAAACAUGUCAGCUGGCCAUAAGAGAUGUCGGGGGACUUGAAGUUCUUAUUAACUUGCUGGAUACAGAAGAAAUCAAGUGUAUGAUUGGUUCAUUGAAGAUUUUGAAGGAAAUUAGCCACAAUUCGCAAAUCAGAUGUCAAAUUGCUGACCUUGGAGGACUGCAGACAAUGGUUAAAAUACUUGACUACCAAGACAAAGACUUGAAAUGCCUGGCAGCGGAAACCAUUGCAAAUGUUGCAAAGUUCAAACGAGCUCGACAAACCGUUCGGCAGCAUGGUGGCAUAAAGAAAUUGGUUGGACUGUUGGACUGUGUUCCCAUGAGAUCAUCUAACCUGACUCCAGAACAAGAGAAGGACAUUGAGGUAGCGCGCUGCGGAGCAUUGGCUCUAUGGAGCUGUUCUAAAAGCACAAGGAAUAAAGAAGCAAUACGCAGAGCUGGAGGAAUCCCAUUGCUGGCCAGACUGCUCAAAUCUCCGCAUUCAAAUAUGCUCAUACCUGUGGUGGGCACUUUGCAGGAAUGUGCUUCAGAGCCCAGUUAUAGACUUGCUAUUAAGACAGAAAAGAUGAUUGAGGAUCUUGUGAAAAAUCUGAACAGUGAAAAUCAAGAGCUGCAGAUGCAUUGUGCUAGUGCUAUAUUUAAGUGUGCAGAGGAUGAAGAGACCCGCAACCUAAUUAGACAGUAUGGAGGACUACAACCACUAGCUAUGCUGCUUAACAAGUUUGACAAUAAGGAACUACUAGCAGCGGUGACCGGGGCCAUCUGGAAGUGUUCCAUCAGCCGAGAUAAUGUGACAAAGUUUCAGGAAUACAAGGUUAUAGAAACCCUGGUUACGUUGCUGACCGGCCAGCCAGAGGAAGUCCUUAUUAAUGUUGUUGGAGCACUGGGAGAAUGUGGCCAGGAACCCGUGAAUCGGGCCAUCAUCCGUAAAUGCGGGGGGAUAAAUCCUUUGGUCAACUUACUGACUGGCACUAACCAAGCAUUACUGGUGAAUGUUACCAAUGCUGUAGGAGCCUGUGCAUCUGAACCAGAUAAUAUGGCGGUAAUUGACCGAUUAGAUGGAGUUCGUUUACUGUGGUCGUUGCUUAAAAAUCCUCACCCAGAUGUUCAAGCAAGUGCAGCGUGGGCCAUCUGUCCCUGCAUCGAGAAUGCAAAGGAUGCUGGAGAAAUGGUUCGUUCAUUUGUUGGAGGCUUAGAACUGAUUGUUAAUUUAUUGAAAUCUGAAAACACAAAAGUACUUGCAAGUGUAUGCGCAGCUAUCACCAAUAUAGCCAAAGAUGAAGAAAAUUUAGCAGUCAUAACAGAUCACGCAGUAGUUCCCAUGUUAUCUGCACUAGCAAACACGACAGAUGAAAAAUUAAGGCGCCACUUGGCUGAAGCCAUUUCACGCUGCUGCAGGUGGGGGAAUAAUAGAGUGGCAUUUGGAGAAGCAAAUGCUGUGGCCCCUCUGGUGCGAUACCUGAGAUCCAGUGACCCUGCCGUUCAUCGUGCUACAGCUCAAGCUUUGUUCCAGCUCUCAGAGGAUGCGAACAACUGCAUUACAAUGCACGAGAAUGGUGUUGUGAAGCUGCUUAUUGACAUGGUUGGCUCUUCAGAUGACGUCCUUCAAGAGGCAGCUGCUGGUUGCAUAGCCAACAUACGCCGACUGGCUCUGGCCAAUGAAAAAGCAAGAUAUGGCUAACACGUGAAGAAGAGUAACUAUUUCUACUUUUUGCUACAUCCAACUUCACAAUAAAUUGAAAAAUAGGAAACCGGGGUCUACUACGAUAUCCCGGCUGUCGGGAUCCCGGCACCAGGAUCAGCACAGCCGGAAUGCCGGCAGUGGGGCGACCGCAAAAGAGCCCCUUGUGGGCUUCCGGCGAUCGCCACGCUGCAGGCACAGUGUCUGUUUAUUCUCCCUCCAGGGGUGUCGUGGACACCCCAAGAGGGAGAAUAGUUGUCGGUAUCCCGGCUGUCGGAAUAUCGAAUGCUUCCCGGGAAACUGUUCCAUACACGCCAUUGAUCAGGCCACAAGCUGGCAGUCUCACCUCUGGUACACGUUACAUAGAUUUACUGAAUAACCUGUUAUGCAAUGUUUAUUCUGACAUGUUUAUGUAAAUUGUUCAUCACUAAUAAAAGCCACAAAACACA